CUCCACGUAUAUACGCUGCAGCGAUAACAAAUUCAGUUCAGUAGCAAUCCACAGCUCGGCGGCGCGAUGUCGGCGGCUGGAAAUUAUGCGUUACGAAAAUUCAACGCCGGCAUCGUUACCGCGUGUGUAAUCGGUGUCGGAUUGUCAUACUACGCGUACAUCGUGGAGACCGAAAAGGAGCGGGAUGACUCUUAUGAAGCCAUGUGUGACAUCUCCGAGCAUGUGAGCUGCAGCAAAGUCUUUACGUCUAAAUAUGGCAAGGGAUUCGGACUAUUUCCAGAAGAUUCCGUGUUUAACAUCCCAAAUUCAAUAUAUGGUUUAGCAUUUUAUACUUAUUUUGCAGUUGCAAGUAUGAUUAAUAAUUACGCCUGUUCGGCCACCAUUGUCAUCCUGGGAAUACUUUCUAAUAUUUGUUCAAUAUAUUUAAGCUGUAUAUUAUACAUGUUUCAAGACAUCUGCGUUGUAUGCGUUAGUACGUAUAUUGUAAACGUGGUGAUUACGUUUCUCGCCAUUAAGAAAUUCCGAAAAUUAGCCGCAGCCGACACGCGCAAAGAGAAGAUGAAGAAAACUUAAAUUAAUUGCAUUUUUUGUGAUCGACCAAGAAAAUAUUGUAAUAAUUUGCUAUCAUUUUCUAUUUAUUAUUUUUUAUUUGCGUGUAGAUUAUGAAUGCUUUCCUUUUAAGAAACACAAUCGACACGACACAAAUCAACGAAUGUCGCGCUUUCUAUUUAAACUCAAUUAAUCGACGCGCUCUUCGACUCUUCUCGGGAAGAGAGUCGGAGUGUUUUUUCGAUUGAACAAUUAUUAGAAUCCGCAACUCGCAACUCUCAGCAUUUAAUUUCAUUAUAAUUACAUGUAUAUACGAAAUCAUUUAUUGUAAUUAUUGUAAAUUACAAUAAUAUAUACGUCUAAAGUUCAAAUAUACUCGAAGAUAUUUGAUUUGUACACGUGUUUUCGAAAAGAAGAACAAUCGUAGUCGUCGUAAAUAUUUUUAGACAGAUAAAAACGUAAACAUCUCAGAUAUUCUUCUACCAGAUUCUACCUUAAUGAAGAGGUAUUUUGUUUUCGCAUUAUGCAAUGCACACAACCCGAUGAAUUUUUCCAUGUUAAUAAUUUACGUAAUAUUUUAAAUAAAAGAUAUAAUGUAUGUACAAAUA